AUGUCCAAUGAACAGAACCCCGGACUCCUCGGCGGUCUUGGCGAUACCUUGGGCAAGACAGUCGGUGGCGUAACGAACACACUAGGCAGCACAGUCGGCGGUCUCGGCUCAACCGUAGGCAACGCAACAUCAGGCCUUGGACAGACUGUGUCGGGGGCGACGGAAGGGGUCGGAAACACAACGAAGAGCGCCGGAAAGGGCGUGCAGAGUGGUGUUACUAGUCUUGGGGGGCAGAAGCAGACCGGGGACAACCCGCUAGAGUUGAGUCAAUAG